AUGACUCGUGUGCUUGUGCCUCGAGUUGCUAUGUAGCACGUGAUGCGGUUUCUAUUUCCUUAAUACUCAAUGCCUAGAUUUCUAAGAUGACAUGGAUGAGAUGCAUCGAAUACAGAAGAAAAGCUGUUCGAGAAUCCCCUGCUUGAGAGGAGACAGGCUCGACUGUUCAGCAGGAGAGGAUAUAGAGAUCUCAAAAAGCUAGACUUUUCAUGAAACCCGGGAAUUUUGAUUCAAAAGCAUUUUCCGGAUCCGAGAAAAACCAAACUUUCAUGCCACCUGUUGAAAACUCAUUUCUCGACUUCAAUUCAAGUCGUGUAGAAUUUGUUUCUUUCUGAAUAGACUGAGAGGAGAACUUCUGUUAGACUCGACUUCAAAGAGAGGUGCGGAGCAAAGAGAUGAGUGUCAUACCGCUUGUUCGCACUGAACGAAGAGCUCCCCUUCCCAAUAUAGGCCUACCGUUCUCACCUUGCCUCACGAUUUCAAUGUUGAAGUCCUCGCGCCGGGAUUAGGUAUCGCCUGGGUGGGAAAGGUAUCGGCAGAUAAACUUGACUGAACGUGACGUUAGUUUUGGUUCGAUCCACUAUCAUUUUGUAAGCGGAUAGUUCACAGUGCUCAUUCUCAAAAAAACCGGAAAAGCCAACUCAUCAUGAUGUUUCCACUCCAUUUUCAUUACGAAGAUGUAUCACGUCAGGAUCCGUUGCUCAAACCGAAUCACGCCAACGUUAUGGAAGGUUCCGGUUCGUGUGAAAUCAGAUUAGUACCAAACUCUGAUUUCAGAAUCCUCUUUGGAAAAUUGGCUAUGGAGAUGACGUGCGGUCAGAGAUUCUUUCAGACAAAAAGGGGGCCUUCUUUCCAAGCAGGAAAGUCGUUUCGAUCCAAUCCAUUCUUGGGGUCCGAAAAAGACACUGGAUAUGUCAGUGACUUUGCACGAAAAAGCGCUCUCCGAGGGCAUGGAAUGUCUCAUUUUUUGGUCAGAAUCUCGACAGUAAUGUCUCUUUUCUAUUCUCCGGUCGAAAUAAGGGAAAACCCCAUUCUUUUUUCGAUGGAAACGGAGUUUUGCGAAUUCUCCCCGGAACUGGAAGAUCAUUUCGAGAUCUUCGAGCAUCUUCGAGGGUUCAAUGUGACUAUUGUCACUUCGGCCAACACAAAAGAUGAGACU